CACAGGCCUCUGUGACCAUACGUUCCCAAUAGCUCACAGCCAGGGCUCCAUCUCCCAUGCACCAUAAUGUGCUCAGUUCUUCCCCUGCCCUGGCUUCUGAUUGGGAGCCUGGCAGCUGGAUAGUGACCUCCAGGACCCUCGCUCGAUUACAGCCUGUUUGUACAAGUCUUUCUGCCGUUUAAGGUGCCUGCAAGAGGGGUGUGAGGAACAGUAAGAGACUGGGCACUCUUGGCCCCAGGGACCGGCAUCAGAGGCCGAUAGCAUCAGAAGCCAAUAGCAUUCCAGCUGGGCUGGCAUCUGCCCAUGUGUCUCUUCGCGGGUUGCUUGCUGCCAUGAGGGAUCUUCUUCAGUAUGUUGCCUGUUUCUUGGCCCUUUUCUCCACCGGGUUUUUGAUUGUGGCUACCUGGACAGACUGUUGGAUGGUGAAUGCUGAUGACUCUCUAGAGGUGAGCACAAAAUGCCGAGGCCUCUGGUGGGAGUGUGUCACCAAUGCUUUCGAUGGGAUACGAACCUGUGACGAGUAUGACUCCAUAUAUGCAGAACACCCCUUGAAGCUGGUGGCAACCCGGGCACUGAUGAUUACAGCGGACAUUCUUGCUGGCUUUGGAUUUGUCACCCUGCUCCUGGGGCUCGACUGUGUGAAGUUCCUGCCUGGCGAGCCACACAUUAAAGUCCGCCUCUGCUUUGUUGCUGGCACCACACUACUUAUUGCAGGUGCCCCUGGAAUCAUUGGUUCUGUGUGGUAUGCUGUGGAUGUUUAUGUCGAGCGUUCUUCUCUGAUUAUACACAAUAUAUUUCUUGGGAUCCAAUAUAAAUUUGGCUGGUCCUGCUGGCUUGGAAUGGCUGGGUCGUUGGGUUGCUUUUUAGCUGGAGGUCUCCUCACCUGCUGUUUGUACCUCUUUAAAGAUGUUGGACCCGAGAGGAACUAUCCUUAUGCCAUGAGGAAGCGCUAUUCUACUGCAGGUGCUUCCAUGGCCAAGUCCUACAUGGCUCCUCGGACAGAGACAGCGAAAAUGUAUGCUGUAGACACCAGGGUGUAAAAUCGGCCAAAUGUCAAUCUGUGCUUUAUGUUGUUGUUUAAUUAAUCAAUCAAUGUGUUCAAGUUAAUAAAAGUAACUGAUCAAUCUUGGAGCAUUUUGUUAACAUUUCAAAUUCAACUCAUUAAUUUCUGGGUCAAUCAAAAUAUUUGAUUCUGCUGUCACAUCUCCUAUGAAUCUCACUACUGUUCCCCCACAGGCACACUGUAUUUUGAGUUAAGGCUGGUAGAAUGUAGAAAUAUGUUUCAGAUAUCUUUAUUGCUUUUGAAGAUUAUGACGUGGUGAUAUUAAAGUGAAAUGAUGCUUCAGAAACACAAGGCAAUUUUAAACAGGUCCAAGGUUCUAAUUUUGAAAGGAUCGAGGAGCUCUUAGCUGUUCCUGACUCAAAGCACAAU